GAUUCGUUUCUUGAUGGGUUCGACGAGAUUGUAGCAAACGUCGAGAAUCGCACCGAACUCUUUCACGGGUAUCGUUCACUGGCACAAGCUUAUACUGCCAGCAAGAUGCAGGAAAUUGGCAAGAAUCGAAAUCUCGUUAUGAGAAAAGCUCUGGAAUACACGGUAAAACACAAGAGCACAACAAUCUGUGAAUUCCAAUCCGUCUAUGAAGCAGAUGAUCCUUUCCACGCGCAAAACCUCAAAUCUUCCAGAUUCAAUAUACGACAGGAUCGUCUGCUCAUCCGUGAAAUGGAAAGGCACAUGCGAUCCGUGUGCGGCAUCUCGGUGCACGCUGAUUGCUUGGCGCUUGUAACCGGGAAACUCAUAUACAGUGUACACGGGGUCUGCGGGCUGCUUAUUGCGCUCAGUGACUUCGGGUGUAAGAUGUGGGACUGCGACUUACUGCGUGUGUCGUCUGCAUUGUCUUUAUUUUCCUCGCGGAGGGACCGGCAACCGCGAGAA